GCCGAUGUUGUUUUAGUGGUAGAUGGAUCAUUAUCCAUCGGAAUCACCAACUUUCAAACCUUAAAGAGUGAAAUAGUCAACUUCGUCAAGCAAAUACCCGUCACUCCAGCCGGGGUCAAUGUUGGUCUAGUUUUGUUCAGUACAACCGUGGAUCAAACCACCGGGCUAAUCAACUUGUCUGGUGACGAGAAUCAGCUGGUGGCGGCCAUCAACGCCCUGCCCUUCCCUGGGGGAGGUACCCUUACUCAUCUUGGAAUCAACGAGGGUCUCAAUAUGGUACUGACCAGUAAAAGACCCAACAUACCCAAGAAAUUGGUCAUCAUCACUGAUGGA